GUGCGCCAGCCGCGGCGGAGUCGUCCGGCUGCACGGCGUUUGCUUUUCGAGACCGAAGUGAGUCAGUCAGUCAAGCGUCGACCAUCGUCGGCAUCGGACGCUCGUGGAAUCUUUCCAAAUUCUUCCAGCGCACGUCUGCUCCGUAAACCAUUCUUCCGUUCGUUAUGAAUAUUUCGAAAAUCGACGAAAAGAUCGAUCGAUCGUGACCACGAGGUAUUCCAAUCGAAGAACGAUUCGAUGGGGUUUGAUCGUGGCUUUCGUUGAUUGUGUUUUUCGCGAUCGUUACACUAACACUGAUCGGCAACGCGGUCCUUAACGAUAUCCUGACACAUCAGAGUGCAUGUUAUAAAUUUAGAAUAAAAUGUUGACACGGGACUUGUUGACUCUUGCGACGAUGGUGUCCGGUCUAACUGUGGUCAUUGGUGCUUCCAUAGAUCUUGAUUCGAGGGACUACGAGGUGCUCACCGAUAACGAGGGAAAAUCCGAUGACAAUGACUCGCCAUACGUCCGAGAAGUGAGGUGUUAUUGCAAUCAACCGGAAUGUGUGCCUCAAGGAUAUAUGUGCCGUGGCAGGGGCUGCUUUUAUCCAUCAUUAUUAAGAGCAGAACCUAGCGCCUACAGUGGCUGCCUCGAUGAGAGCUUCAAAGAACAGCAAUGUCCUACGGGAUACCUCUGUUGCGAACAAGAUCUCUGUAACCACGUGGAUAGCCCAGCCAUGAGAAACAGGCUCAACAAGACUCUUCAAGUACUGGUGAGUGACCAACGACCUUUUCUCGGUCCGGGGCAGCCGAUCAAUCACGGAGGUCAGUCGACAGAUGGAUGGUUCAAGACUGCCACAAUCGCUGUACCGAUUUGCGGUAUAAUCGUUCUACUGAUACUGGCCAGUCUUGCCACUAAAUUGCUUCAGCCUGUGCCGACGCAAAGCGACAAACUCGGAUCACAUCAAAUGCCCGAUAAUGGACCACCGUUAUUAGGAUCACCGAAAGUGCCUCUCGUUUAAUAAUCUCGCAAUCCCAAAGACGUUCGAUAAAGUGUUCUAGCGGAUAGACAUUAGUAAGACUAACUAGAAAGCUAGCGGGCUUGUAUAGCUCCACUUGGCUGUGAAUUUUGUGAAAAAAGCGACUGCUGUAAAUUAUAACAUUGCGUGUUGUGCAUCGAUAGUUGCAAUUCCUUUGAACGACGAUCCUGUGAAUGAUCGUCGUACGAUUGAAGAGUGAGAAAAGGUCAAUAAAACAGGGCCUUUGUACAUGACGUUAAUUAAAAGCAAAAAAGAAAGAAAAAAAAAAAUGAUACGCAUGAUAACGCCUUUAUUGUAGCAUUGUAAAUAGAUUAUGUAUUUUGUAUCGUAUAUUAAAUGAUAUUCGCUUAUUUAGGCGGCGUACAAAUUGUAAUUGUAAUCGCGUUUUACGAUAUCGUCGAACUUCGAUUGUUAAAGACGGGUUUAGACAGAAGAUCAUAGUAAUGUUACAAUAUAAUCUCAAGGGAUACACAUAUAAUCCUGCAAUAAGAAUAAUUCUUUCCAUCGAGAAACGAUAUCGAUGAAAAAUGAACGAAGAACACUAAAAAGUCUGAUACUUGUUUUUUUAAUUGUAUAAGAUAUCUUCUUCCGCAAAUCAGUUAUUCUAGUACAUCAUGUACUCCUCACAUAAUAAUCGUAUUCCAUAUAAAUAUUACUAUAUUGUGAUAGUAUGACAUAACUUGUAUAUUAAUUAUAUUAUUAAAUGUACCACGACUUUAUUUUACAACACGUGUUACUCGUGAGGGACAAAUCGAUACGAAAAUCGACUUAAAAUACAUUGAAAUAAUUUUUCAAUAA